CGAGCGUGUGUGCGAGUGUGCGCGGACGCGCGCGGGCCCGGGAGGAGGCUCCCGAGUGAGUGGGUCCCGGCGGCCGCAGCCUGCUCCCCGCGGCCCCGAUGUGAGGGAAUCGGGGAGGCCAGCGGUGCGGCAGGGGAGGGCGAGGCAUGUGCAUGGGCCGGGGGGUACAGCAGCCGCCCGAGGACGAGGGGGACGGCGGCGGCGAGGAGGAGAGCGGGGGGCUCGCGGCGGCGGGCCCUGGCCGAGGGGAUGCAACGGACUGUGUGUGUCUGGCUGUAGCGGGCGCGAGGAGGCAACAAGGCGCGGGGGACCCGCGUGAGGGGCGACCAGGAGGCGGCGGCGGCGGCGGCGACGAGUAGCGGCGGGACCGGCGGCGAGGGCAGCCCUGCCAUGCACGUUCCUUUCCCGCGGCCAUGUUAACCAGGAAACCUUCAGCCGCCGCUCCUGCCGCCUACCCGACCGGCCGAGGAGGGGACACCGCCGUUCGCCAGCUUCAGGCUUCCCCGGGGAUCGGCGCCGGGGCUCCCCGAAGCGGAGUGGGGACCGGCCCGCCCUCUCCCAUCGCCCUGCCGCCUCUCCGGGCCAGCAACGCUGCCACCGCAGCCCACACGAUUGGCGGCGGGAGGCACACCAUGAAUGACCACCUCCACAUCAGCAGCCACAGCCACGGGCAGAUCCAGGUUCAGCAGCUGUUUGAGGAUAACAGUAACAAAAGGACAGUGCUUACAACACAGCCAAAUGGGCUUACGACAGUGGGCAAGACAGGCUUGCCUGUGGUGCCAGAGCGGCAGCUGGACGGCAUUCACAGACGGCAGGGGAGUUCCACCUCUCUGAAGUCCAUGGAAAGCAUGGGGAAGAUGAAAGCCACCCCCAUGACGCCCGAACAAGCGAUGAAGCAAUACAUGCAAAAACUCACGGCCUUUGAACACCAUGAGAUCUUUAGCUACCCUGAAAUAUAUUUCUUGGGUCCAAAUGCUAAGAAGCGCCAAGGCAUGACAGGUGGACCCAACAACGGUGGUUAUGAUGAUGACCAGGGAUCAUAUGUGCAGGUGCCCCAUGAUCAUGUGGCUUACAGGUACGAGGUCCUCAAAGUCAUUGGGAAGGGAAGCUUUGGGCAGGUGGUCAAGGCCUAUGACCACAAAGUCCACCAGCAUGUGGCCCUGAAGAUGGUGCGCAACGAGAAGCGCUUCCACCGGCAGGCGGCAGAGGAGAUCCGCAUCCUGGAGCACCUGCGGAAACAGGAUAAGGACAACACCAUGAACGUCAUCCACAUGCUGGAGAAUUUUACUUUCCGCAACCACAUCUGCAUGACGUUUGAGUUGCUGAGCAUGAACCUCUACGAGCUCAUCAAGAAGAAUAAGUUCCAGGGCUUCAGCCUGCCUCUGGUGCGCAAGUUUGCUCACUCGAUUCUGCAAUGCUUGGAUGCGCUGCACAAAAACAGAAUAAUCCACUGUGACCUUAAACCCGAGAACAUUUUGUUAAAGCAGCAGGGUAGAAGCAGUAUUAAAGUGAUUGACUUCGGCUCCAGUUGUUAUGAGCACCAGCGUGUUUACACGUACAUCCAGUCGCGCUUUUACCGGGCUCCGGAAGUGAUCCUUGGAGCCAGGUAUGGCAUGCCCAUUGAUAUGUGGAGCCUGGGUUGCAUCCUUGCGGAACUCCUGACGGGUUACCCCCUCUUGCCUGGGGAGGAUGAAGGGGACCAGCUAGCUUGUAUGAUUGAACUUUUGGGCAUGCCCUCCCAGAAACUCCUGGAUGCUUCCAAACGAGCCAAGAAUUUCGUGAGCUCCAAGGGUUACCCCCGCUACUGCACUGUCACGACUCUUUCAGAUGGCUCCGUGGUCCUCAAUGGAGGCCGAUCCCGGAGAGGGAAACUGAGGGGUCCGCCAGAGAGCAGAGAGUGGGGGAACGCACUGAAGGGAUGCGAUGAUCCUCUUUUCCUUGACUUCUUAAAACAGUGUUUGGAGUGGGAUCCCGCAGUCCGCAUGACCCCGGGCCAGGCUCUGCGGCACCCCUGGCUCAGGAGGCGCUUGCCAAAGCCUCCGACCGGGGAGAAGACUGCGGUGAAGAGGGUCACGGACAGCACUGGUGCUAUCACGUCGAUUUCCAAGUUACCUCCACCUUCCAGCUCAGCUUCCAAGCUGAGGACUAAUUUGGCACAGAUGACAGAUGCCAAUGGGAAUAUUCAGCAAAGGACAGUGUUGCCAAAACUCGUUAGCUGAGCUCCAGUCCCCUAAUGCUGGCAAGCUGAAAAAUGCGUUAUAGCUGAGCCUUAUUGGGUUGAAAAGUGUAGCUCAGACCUGUUUUUAUUUGCUCAAAAAACUCGACUCAUUUGUAUCUUUUCAGCACUUGAUGUAAGACAGUUUGUUUUGUUUUUAUAAAAUACAUGGGGACAAUGCUUUAAGUUUUUAUACUUUCUCAAACUGUUUUUUUCCCCCUUCCUUGUGUUCUAAAAGUAAGAUGAGCCUUACUGUAUUUCGUGUGGCUGAGUGAUCAUCAUAUCAGUGGCAGGCCAUUGGUUUUUUUCAUGACUGCCACACAUUUACAGAUUGGUCAAACACAUUCAAGAUGUUUUCAUGGUUUGUCCUCUAUGCUUUCCAGGGAGGUGGCCCCCGGGGACCCUCCUUCUCUCUUCGUGCUCCGGGUUCACACAGGAGCUGCACACCCUGCUUCCAAAUUUUGUAAAUUAACCUGGGUCAGAGCGGAAGUGGAAGAAGAAGGGUCAGUGUGAAAAUCUCUAGGAAAAGCUGCACUUUAGAGAUUGUCUUUUUUUCUUAUGGUGUAUUCAGACAAUUACAAACUAGAUUGCCCAGGUUUCAACUGCCCAUUUAACAUUCUGACGUUCUGCAGCCACCAGGCAAUGUUUAGUAGCUAAGUAGAAAUUGAGACGUGUGAAUUCCUCCCAAGGCUCUGGGAAGAUGGGAAGCUGUCAUAAUCAGGAAGCCGCCUGGUUUUGGAAUUGGUUUUUCACCUAAUUUUAGGACAUUUCCCCACUGUUCCCUGUUUCCCUUUCUCUUGUCUCUGUCCUCUUUAUUUCACACAUCUGUCGCUUGCAUUUAGUGCGUCCUUUUCCUCCAGCUGUCUAUCCCGGACUGUUAAUGCAGAGAGCCAUUUCAGCUGCUAUUAUGUCCAGAGUUUCAUGCCUCAGUUUCCAAAAGAACAUCGGCCUAGCUACCUAAGGGGGAUUUCCAUAGUUCCAAAGAAGGUUUAGCCGGCUGGACUGAGUUCACACUUGUAGGCGUCGCUGAGGUUCCCUCAGCCUGGGAAAACAUCAAUCAACUCUCCUUAGAAAGCAAAAGGGUUGAAAAUCCUCUUGGCAAAGAGAAGUCACUGUGGCCAUUCAGUUGGGCCAGUUUUAACAACACAUUGAAGGGAGGAGAAAUUCAAUCUUGAGUUAAAUGGUUUGACUUAUUCUUUGAUUUGUUAGAAGAGCCAUGGAAACUGCAUCCCUCUGUUUACUUACUUUCUUUUUGGAUUGCACUGAGUGUUUUUGUGGGGAUGACACUUUACCUGAAAGAGUAACUGAGAGUUAGGUAAAAGAAUAUUUUCUUCUCUGAAUAAUAAUUAUUUUCACACUGAAAAUUUCAGUAUUUUAUCACUAAAAGAUGAACAGUGAUAUAUAUCAAUUUCAAGGCACGUGAAAAGAAUUUUUUUAGUAUGUGCAAUUUAAUAGAGAAAGAUUUCUGCCUGUUUGGACAGUAGGUUUUGGAUAGUAAAAAUUAGGAUAAAUAAUCUUUUAUAUGCACAGAUAUUAUUGUAUUGCCUGUAAAUCGAUUUACAUGUACUUAAAGCAUGGUCCCCAGUGAGGCCAAGAAAGUUUCCGGUUAAGUUUUGUUUUUUGUUUGUUUGUUUUUUUAAUUCUAUGUUUUCUCUUAUUUAAAAAAAUCAAAAGCAAAAACAAAAAACAAAACAAAAAACCAAAAAAAAAAACCCACAAACAAACAGAAAGUCAUUUUGAAUAAAACAUUUUUCUUAUCUUGAGGCUUUGCCAGUUGAUGGUGGAAAACUAUGCUCAGGAAUUAUUUCAAGUAUUUGCCAAAAAUCAGUAAUAAGAUUAGCUAUUAAUAAGUUAGCGAUAUCGCUGUUUGCUUUACUAUUUAAGGAUGCCAUUGAUAGAUUAAUUUGUCCCUUCUGUACUUAGCAAUGAUAGCUUGUUUCCCUAGUUGGAUUCUUUAGCAUAUUCUACACAUUUCUGUGUAAUCUGUGAAGUGCAAUACUACGUCAGUAAGUUACAUUUUAGAUGAUGCUCAUGUGACAGGACCCCCAAUCAGUGGCUUAUAGGACUUAAAAUUUUGUGUAUUUAUUUUUAAAACAUUGGCUGAAAGGCAUGAGAAAUACAGGAUUUGGUCUGGGGACUUUUGGAAAACAAUGAGUCUCUUAGUGAUGGUCAGUGUCUUCAGGUCACUAAAAUAAAUUUAAAAUCUACAAAAGCUGCUCUCCCUUCCCAAGGCGCCUGUUUUGCUCCCACUCCCACCUAGUUUGAGCCUGAGCCUGCUGCUACCAACUCCCCGAUAACACAGCUAUACUCGCAGCAGUUUAGACGUGGAUUAAAAUUGCUUGUCUGUUUCCCCCACCACACAAAACUGGUUCUUCUGAUGCCAGCAGAACAUUUGUGAUGAGCUUUAUCCACAAAUGCAACCGGAAACUUUGAAGCCAAACUAUGAUGUGCUAUGGGGCUUUUCCUUCCUUCCUUCCUUCCUUCCUUCCUUCCUUCCUUCCUUCCUUCUUUUCUCUCUUUUUUUCUUCCCCCAACCACAUGAAAUUUCUUUUAUUCACGAAAGCCGCCAUGUUUCAACAUUUACUGAUACAGCUGCUUUGAGAAAAUCCUAUUUAAUUAUUGUGUCUAAAACGAAACUGUUGCCUCUUGGGGAUCUUAAAACCUAAAUAAAGGGCUCUGAUAGGCUUCUAGGAGUUGGCUUGGAAGCGGUCCUUGGGCUCGCAGGUUACCAUUGUCUAGGGAGGUCUGAGCUGUUUUCAGGUUUAGGAAUAGCACAGUGUCGUCUUGUCUUUGGUUGCAGUCUCAUUUGGCUCCGUCUCCUGCACUACCAGAGUUCUUAGCACAACAGUGGAACACUGAGUGAUGCAAGGCAGUGUAGAUUAACAUCUUACAGGAGAAAUUGUGCCCUUAGUGUUAACGAUGUGCCUUUUGUUCUGGAUGCCAUGUUGUAGGGCAUGCAUCUUUUGGCCUCUUUAACUCUUUGAACUAGAGGUAGUAAUGAUGGAAGCCACCUCUGCAAAGAUAACAUCUGUCUUAAAUAUCUAGAUUUAUAGGCCUUAAUAGAAACCAUAAGGCGUGAAUCGUCCUUGGGCGCUGAGCAAGAUAACCAUCGGUUAGUUACAUCAGGAAUCCCUGUGUUUAAAGGGUUAAAGAUGGUCUUUGUUGUAUCUGAACAUCAGACUGAUUUUUUAAAUGAUAUUUUUUUGUUAUGCUAACACUAGACAAAAAUCAACUGUAUUUGUAAAAAUUUACCUCAAACCUUUUAUUUUAUAGUGUGAUUAAUCCCAGGGCAUUUGGUAUGAACCAAAGUGCAUUCCUUUUUUUAUGUGCCUGGCUCUAGUGAGGAUGGCCAGGGAUUUUUACAAUUUGGGUGCAAGGCACUUAAGCCACUUUUAAACUUACUGGGUGGUGUGGAGUCAUGUCAAGUGGCCCCAUCAGAAUGUUAAAAACACUUUAGGCAUCGGUAGCAUUGGGCCAUAUUGGAAUCUUAAAAAGCAUGAAUUAUUUUAAAGAGAGCAUUCAUUUUUGUAAUUUUUUUCAUCAAGACUAUUUCUGGUAAGCAGAAGAUUUUUAAAAUACAAACCAACUGAUUUGGCUGGUGAAGGUUUUAAUAUUGCCCCACACAAUGCUGUGGUAGCGUUUAGAAGCAAAAGUAUUUGUGGACUCUGUUUUUAGGGGCUGUGCAUCUCUGAUAUGGACACAUAUAAUUCAUUGUAAUUAUACCCAGCUCAACUGGUACAGUUAUGUCUAGGCCGUGGCUCGGGUUUUUAUCGAGCAACAACUCAGACACGUGACUGUUAUCAUGCUGCAACGGUGUGUACUGAACAUAUGUGAAAUGGUUGAAUGUGGACUGUGUAUAUAUGUAUGUACAAACUUCUGUGAGAUGCUGCUGUCGCCACUUGACAUGGAAAGUGUUCUAGUGGGUUGGAAUCCUAGUGGCCAGUUCUAUGAUACUGUAUGUAUUGUACGGCUGAUGACGGGGUAAGACUGUUUAGUGAAAUUUGUUAAAUUUUAUUGUUGUGGCCAGAGAUAAUUUCAGAAUAAAAUUUUAAUGUCCUACCUUAA